AUGUCUGGACGUGGCAAGCAGGGUGGCAAGGCACGCGCUAAGGCUAAGACUCGGUCUUCCCGAGCUGGUCUUCAGUUCCCUGUAGGCCGUGUGCAUCGCCUACUUCGCAAGGGUAACUAUGCCGAGCGUGUUGGGGCUGGCGCUCCCGUGUACCUAGCGGCGGUGCUGGAGUAUUUGACCGCUGAGAUCCUGGAGCUCGCCGGCAAUGCGGCCCGCGACAACAAGAAGACGCGCAUCAUCCCCCGCCAUCUGCAGCUGGCUAUCCGCAACGACGAAGAGCUCAACAAGCUACUGGGCAAAGUCACCAUUGCGCAGGGUGGCGUCUUGCCCAAUAUCCAGGCCGUGCUGCUGCCGAAAAAGACCGAGAGCCAUCACAAGACCAAGUAA